UUCUCUCUUGAAUGGCUGCGGGAGAGGCGAGGAGGGCCGGCCGCCCGCCGAUGUGCGCCCAAGCUCGCAGCCGAGCGCGCCGGGGCUCGCACCCGCCGCUGACGGAGCGAGCUCUGCCACCUUAUCCAGGCUGGAUUUAUCCUUUUUUACCCCCCACCUUCAUCAUUCCCAGCCGGUCUCCCCUCACGCUCCUAAUCUGACAGCGCCCGGUAAUUAAUCUGGCUCCCCCAGCCGCUGCGAUAGGAUUAGAGGGAGGGGAAGUGCGUCACGAGGCUCCUUGGAAAUUGAGGAAUGCAAGUCUGCCACCAUGAUGGAAGGAUUGAAAAAACGUACAAGGAAGGCCUUUGGUAUACGCAAGAAAGAAAAGGAUACUGAUUCCACAGGGUCGCCAGACAGGGACGGCAUCAAGAAAACAAAUGGAGCCCCGAAUGGAUUUUAUGCGGAGAUCGACUGGGACAGAUACAACUCACCUGAGCUUGAUGAGGAGGGAUACAGCAUCCGACCUGAGGAACCAGGAUCUACCAAAGGAAAGCACUUCUACUCCUCCAGUGAAUCCGAAGAGGAAGAGGAGGCGCACAAGAAGUUCAACAUUAAGAUCAAGCCUUUGCAGGCUAAAGACAUCCUGAAGAGCGCGGCGACGGUGGACGAGCUGAAGGCAUCUAUAGGCAACAUUGCACUUUCUCCAUCCCCCGUGAGGAAAAGUCCGCGGCGCAGCCCGGGGACGAUUAAAAGGAAUUUAUCCAGUGAGGAGAUCGCACGGCCCCGGCGCUCCACACCCACGCCGGACCCCGCCAGCAAGAAAUCCGGGGAGGACGCCGCCGCGCUGGCACCGCUCUUCGGGCCCCCGCUGGAGUCGGCGUUCGAGGAGCAGAAGCUGGACGCGACUCUAGAUCAGCCUGAGAUAUGGGGUUCGGUCCAGCCCGUCAACGCGAGCGUAGAGUCCCCAAAGCUACCGAGACCUUUUCCAACUGGAACCCCUCCGCCGCUCCCACCGAAAAACAUCCCGGCCACGCCGCCGCGCACCGGCUCCCCUCUGACGGUGGCAAUAGGAGGGGACCAGCCCGCAGCAGAGCUCAAACGUGACAAACUCCCGUCCAUCAAUGACUUGGACAGCAUUUUUGGCCCCGUGCUCUCCCCCAAGUCUGCUGCUGCUAAUGCAGAAGACAAGUGGGUCAAUUUUUCCGAUCAGUCCCCGGAAAACACCACUCCGGAGUUGACAACCCGGGAAAAAGCGGGGUCCCCGCCGGCGGCGGCCGAUGCUCCGGCGGCCGAGCCCUCCCGCCCGCUCCCCUCGCCGCUCCACCUGGAAGAGGUACACAAGAAGGUUUCUGAGCAGCCCCACCUUAAGGAUGAUAACGUGGAGCCGGUCGCCUCUCCCAAAGAUUUUGGGCUGGGACAAAGAGCCACCCCGCCUCCCCCUCCACCGCCCACCUACCGCACGGUGGUCUCCUCACCCGGACCGGGCGCCAGCAGCGGCACGGGAAGCACCAGCGGUUCCUCGUCCCCGGCUCGUCCCGGCACGCCGCUGGCAGCUUGCGGCACCCCGCCGCCGCCGCCCCCCCGGCCCCCCUCCCGGCCCAAGCUGCCCCCCGGCAAGCCCACAGUCGCCGACGUGUCCAGGCCUUUUAGCCCUCCUAUUCACUCAUCCAGCCCUCCUCCGAUAGCACCUUUAGCCCGUGCUGAAAGUACUUCUUCCAUAUCUUCCACCAAUUCCCUGAGCGCAGCCACCACUCCCACCGUUGAAGAUGAUGCUUUUAUUGACAAACUGCCCGCGUUUGAAAGGCGCUGUGAGACGCCUGCAGAGAAUGAACAGCCUUCCCUCGUUUGGUUUGACAGAGGAAAGUUUUAUUUGACUUUCGAAGGCUCAUCGCGGGGACCCAGCCCCCUCACCAUGGGGGCACAGGACACCCUGCCCGUCGCCGCCGCCUUCACGGAGACCGUCAACGCGUACUUCAAAGGGGCUGACCCCAACAAGUGUAUCGUGAAGAUCACGGGGGAGAUGGUGCUGUCGUUUCCAGCGGGCAUCACCCGACACUUUGCCAACAACCCGGCCCCGGCGGUGCUCACCUUCCGCGUGCUGAACUACAACAGGCUGGAGCACGUCCUGCCAAACCCCCAGCUCCUCUGCUGUGACAACACGCAGAGUGAUGCCAACACGAAGGAGUUCUGGGUCAACAUGCCAAAUCUGAUGACUCACCUAAAGAAGGUAUCGGAACAGAAACCGCAAGCCACCUAUUACAAUGUGGAUAUGCUCAAAUACCAGGUAUCUGCCCAGGGUAUUCAGUCUACUCCAUUAAACCUUGCAGUGAGCUGGCGGUGUGACCCUGCAAGCACUGACCUCCGCAUUGACUACAAAUACAAUACAGAGGCAAUGACCACUCCGGUAGCUCUAAACAACGUCCAGUUCCUCGUCCCCGUCGACGGAGGAGUAACCAAACUCCAAGCUGUGCUUCCUCCUGCUGUCUGGAAUGCCGAACAGCAAAGGAUAUUGUGGAAGAUCCCCGAUAUCUCUCAGAAGUCAGAAAACGGAGGUGUGGGCUCUCUGCUGGCCCGAUUCCAGCUCUCGGAGGGGCCGAGCACCCCGGCCCCCCUGGCCGUGCAGUUCACCAGCGAGGGGAGCACGCUCUCCAGCUGCGACAUCGAGCUCGUCGGCGCCGGCUACCGCUUCUCCCUCAUCAAGAAGAGGUUUGCGGCAGGUAAAUACUUGGCCGAUAACUGAUGGAAGCUUAUGCAAGUCUAUGGAAAAUAGUAUGGAAAAUACCCAAGGACUGCUGUGCGUGGAACGGGUUUUAAUUACAGUUUAAGGAAAAAGAACUAAAUCCUGCACUCGGGACAUUUCUGUUGGAAGUGUCGACAACUUUCAGCAUUUUUUUCCUUGGAAAACACCGUCUUGACCAGUCCUACAGUAUUUACUUCUAGAUGUAACAUUGUUAAUGGUUUUAAAAUGUAAUUAUUGUAUUUGUAAAUUGUACUCAUUCCAGUAAGGCUGUAUUUUGGCAGUUAGACACUUGAGUUUUAGCAUUUUACCAUUCAUGAAAUGGAUGUAAUUUAAACUGUGGUAUAUAAAUUUAAUAGUAGUACUGUCGAAUGGCACAACGCUUACAGAGGUAGAUUACAUUUUGUCAAUAUUAUACGAUUUAAAUACAAUACUGAUAGCUGUUACGAAGGGGGUGCCUCAUAAAGAGAGAGUGAAGUAGAACGGACAUGCUGAUUUACUUUUUCUUCAGUCCUUAGCCUGUCUCACGGCCAUGAAUAAAAAGCUCUAUCUUCAGGUUUAGCUGGUUUAACUCCAGAAAAAUAUUGCUGUAAACGUGGAGGUUCUUCAUACAGUCUCCCAGGAAAAAGCGGAAAAAAUUGACACUUCUUAAAGAGUAUUUACGUCAAAUUUCCAUUGCGAGGAGCCUCCGUGAAUGUGCCCGUGUUCUCCUAGAGCCGCAGACGAUGGGUCAGGAGCCCCGGCGGUGCGUGCACAGGCAGCGAGCGCGUCUCUUUGCCCCACGUCCUCACAUUUUGCAGAGAUGCAGAUAAGGCGAGAAGCAGGCAAAGAGGCUGGGUGGGAAACCUGAGCUUACAGCACUGUCUGGAAACGUUAUUGCUGGUUUUAAGGACGCGUUUUCCGAGCAGUCUCCAGAUUAUGGGUCGCAUUUCUAUAUCACUUUGCUUGCUUUUUCUGGGUUCCGCCCCCGCCCCCCAUUUUUGAAAGCCCCGUGGGUUUAGCAAAUGCUUUAAAGAUGUGCAGCCCCCCCAUGCCUUUCCAUUUUACCACUUAGGCAGGAAAGCCUAUAUAUAUAUGUAUUAUAUUUAGACAUUGGAGAACAAACGCAGCCCAAGCCUGACCUUUGGUGGGACACCCAGUGUCGGUGCCGGCGGAGCAGGAGCAGCGAGGGGGCUGCCGAAAGCCCGUGGGGCAGGAGCUCGCCAUCGUGGAGAUGGGAAAAUGCAUUAAAGUGUCAAACUGGAGGCUGGGGGGGGGGCAAAACUGUCCCUCAUGUUUUCCCUGAGCCGGCGCCUCUCUGUGCACGGCCUGUGCAGCGUUUGGUUUCUAGUUGACGUUAGUCUCAGCCUCCCGCUGGCAACACGGCGUCGAUGGGGCGGCAUCUGCCAAGGUGAAGAGCUUGUUGUCAUGGGAGAAUUCAGAGAUAUGGGGAAAAAAAGAGGGGAUCUUUCUGAACUUAAAUGCUGUUCAGGUGCACGGAGAAGCAGAGGAGCAUCCGCUGAACGGGGUGCUGGGCACUUGAGAAAUGGGUACGAUGACAAAGCGUGAUUAAUUUCACAGUCACAAAUGUUGCCAGGAUUAGGCUUGUGCGUCUGCGUUGGAAAACUUCGGUUGUGCACGUUGGGAAGCGCUUGCUUACAGAGCAGUUCGGCGUGACGUAAGAAAACAGAAAUCCGUGCCCGUCUUAAAAGAAAAUUAGGCAAUCUGGAGCUAUUUCAGUCCUGAGGUGACUCCCAGGCUGAGACGUGUACGACAGGGCGGCUGGGUUGUGUGCAUGCUCACAAAAGGUAUCAACACAGAAGUUAAGCACAAUUCAGUUAUACAGCUUCCUACAUCCUUGCAGUUUUUGGAAGUAAACUUGCCAGUACUCCUGGAUGGAGCGUUCAACUCCACUAAUAAUUUUUCCCCCUGCAACAGAAAUAUGUACAAACUGUGUAAACUACCCCUUGCUGCCAGCGAUACAGGGCAAAAUCGAAGAAUCAGUUUUUGCAUAAUUGGUUCAUGCUGUGUACAAUUGUUAUAAACUCAUGCUUCCAAAAGAGAUCUAUGUCAUAGUCCUGAAAAUAAGGAUUUUAUAAUGUAAAUAUUACCAGAACAUAGAUAUUUUACUUUAUAUUUCAUUUGAAAGACGACGUGUUUACAUUAGCAUUGGGUUUUUAAAUGCUUUUUAAACAAAAACAAAAAAAACCCAUAACCCAAAGCUCCCAAGCUUUUCUGCUGUCCCCCAAAACGGCGGUGGCUCUUUCGGGGUGCAGCCCCCGCGGCCUGGCUGGAGCGAUGGGAAAGUCCUGCAGCCUUUCUGGGAUGAAGUGCCUGGCAGACCCGAAUUCGAUGUGCCGGCACGCUUGCAGCCGGGGGACACGGUCCCCCUCCAGGUGACAGAAAACAUCUAUUCCCCGCCCACAAUCCUGGGACAGAAACCGGUGGUUUGGGACAGGAUUUUUGCAUGCUGCUUUUGCCAAUUUCUUUGCGUAACGUUUUGGUUCGCUAGGCGUUUGCGUAGGCGCGUUGAACUGCACGGCUCUGCCUUCUCUCCCAGCACGACCGCCCCUCCGCGCUCCUUUGCGAGGAGAUGUGGCUCCGCGUUGAUGCUUUGGAUUUUUUGACCCUGUUUGAGGUCUGAGCAGAGAGGCAGAGUGGCAGAGUGCCCCAGGGAUGCUUAUUUUGUCCGGUGUUUGUCUUCCGACGUGCCGUAUGAGCAUGGCACCCCAGCAUUACCCCGCGUGGGGAGGGGAAACGGACCAGUUGUGUUUCUAAGUCUGAAGAGCAGGAGGCUGGUCUUCGUUCCGCUUGGCUUUGAGAAGGCAGCAGCAGGAAAAAGAUUAUGGGCAGCAGCUGGGGAUGUAUCAGAUUUAAAUUUAGAGCACCAGAUAGGGAUGUUUAUCCCCAAUUCCCGCUUCUGUAGUAGUGGCGAGAGGCCACAGGGGGAUGCGUUGCCCUGUUGCAUUCAGGUCACUCAAGCUCUGCAGGCUUCACCUCCGCUUUUAGGCAGGAAAAACGUGUAUCUUCAGGGAAUGCAUCCGUCUGGUGCUCCCUGCCUGCUAGCAGAGAGCAGACACGUCAGCAGGGAGUAGAAAAGGCAGCAGCCUGUAAGUCACCUGCAUUUCUGGGGCUUGGCGUCGGCGCUUUGCUCCCGAGCGCGUGGGCCAGCGGGCCUUCUGCCAAGUCUGGCUGAGGCUGAAAAGGGGGCUCAGCCCUCCAGCGUGGCCCCCCCUUAGCACAGCAGCACUCAGGUCUAACCACCUGAGUUAAAAAAAAAAAAAAAAAAAAGGCUUAAAUAAAGGAGGCAUUCAAAUAAUAAAUAGGUGUGACGCAUGCACAGAAAGGCUUUAGCUUGGUUACUUGCGCGGACCUUUCCCUUUAGAGUGUGUCCUCAGCCACCGCUCCCCUGAGGGGUUUUCCUCCGGGAUCCCGGGAGCUGCCAGCAGCGAGAGAGGGAGCGUUUUUCCCCACAGACACCUGCAGACUUGGGUCUUUAGAUGUUAGGACCAGAAAGACUUUUUUUUUUUUUUUUUUUUUGCCACUUUUCUUCUUCUGUUUGUUGCACAUAU